GAGAGAGAGAGAGAGACAGUACAGCACAUCAUUCAUUGCAUUAACCCGCUAGUAGCAGAGAUGGAGCAUAGCAGAGAACACAGAGUUGGAGGGGUGAGUUCGCGAGCAAUUCGCCAUCGCAUUUCCUUCGAAAACGUAGCACCUGACAUUGAAAAUGUGCUUCAAAACUCGAAAACUCGUGUUUUCGAGAUAAUAAGAGAACACGCUGCACGUUUCGAAGGAAAUGUCAAAUGGUUUUUAGUAUUAAAUGUAUUAUUGUAUAAGAUGGUAGUUUUAGAAUCAGAGGAAUCCGAAGCUGUUUCAUCCAUUGUGAAUCUUCAUAGCUACUCGGCCAUAGGCAUGAAUGUCUUGGAGAGUUAUGACGAAUUGAAUGAACAAUUUAUGUUAGCAGUUAGGAAAAUUUUAAGUUCAUUCGAUAACUUUGUUCGAUUUGGGAGUGGGUGGGUGUUGAAGAAGAUUGACUCGCUUGAUGUAAAUGUGAUUAGAUAUAAUCCAAUGUACACAAGCAGUUAUAUUCAAACACCCCAGUUCAUCAACAAUAAGAAAUGUGUUAUCAAUAUCAAAAAUCUUUCUGAUAAAAAGUGUUUUCUGUGGAGUGUUCUAGCCUAUUUUCACCAGAAACCGAAUAACAGUCGCUUAACGGUGAAAUAUUUGAGCAAAUUUGCUCACAGGCUGAACACUCGCGGAGUUAAUUUCCCAACCACCAAUCGCAACAUAAAGAAAUUUGAAAUUCUCAAUACAGACAUCGCAAUUCAUGUUAUCGCGUAUGACAACAAAAAGUUUUUCCCCUAUCGAACAAGCAUAUUCCGUACGCGUAAAUACCAAAUUAAUCUUUUAAUGUUGAAAGGCGAUGCAGGAAAAACUCAUUUUUGUUUAAUUAACACCGCGAACGGGAAAAAUGGAUUGUCGCGUCUUCUUUCUCACCUUUCGAAAGCUAAAGAACAAGUAGCUGUUUGUAAUUUCUGUUUUCACAGAUUUACAUCAGACAAAAGAGUAAACCGGGAUGGGAAAGCAAAUUUGAUGAGACAUCUAGAGCUUUGUUCAAAGUUCCAGUCUCAGAGAACUUCAUACCCAAAAUGUGGUGAGACAAUCAAAUUUAGAAAACUCGGUUCGACUUUGAAGAAAAAGUAUACAAUCUACACGGAUUUGGAAACAUUUGUUGUGAAUAUGGAUGAUAAUGAAUCUGAGGAUGUACCUAUUACCAGAAGUUACACCAAGAAAACGGUGCGUCAUAUUCCAUGCGGGUAUUGUUUCGUUGUAAUUGAUGUGAAUGGGGAUAUCGCGUACGGGCCAGUACUCUAUAGAUCGAGUAAUAUCAAUGAAAAGAUCAUGGAGAAAUUUCUCAAGGAAAUAGUCGAAGUGGGUGAUUUAUUGAGUGCAGAUAUAAAAUGUGAAAUUCCGAUGGAGCAUUUAAGUGAUCGUCAGCAACGCGAAUUUCAAAACGCUGAUAAGUGCGGCCUUUGCGAUGAAGUUUUUACCGAAACAGACACAAAGGUUCGCCAUCAUGCACAUGAAAAUGGAAAGUUUUUGUGUGCUGCUCAUGUGUCGUGUAAUUUAAAUACUCGAACUGACGAUACGAUUAGCUAUUACUUCCAUAAUUUUAGGGGAUUUGACAGUCAUUUUAUUCUAAAAGCUCUCGCAAAAUGUAAAAAAGAAAUUUCCUUGACUUUAAAAUAG